AUGAUGAAUCAGCAACAUUCACAUCAUCAACAUUCACCAACCAACAAUAGACUUUCCUCGCCAGGAACCAAUGGCCAUUCCCAACCAUUACCUUCCAUGAUUUUACAAGAUAUGCUUCCGAAUCAUACAGCAAAUGGUGGUGCUGCUGCUUCUAUUCCUUCCAUGUCGUAUGGUAAUUUAUUGGGUCAAACACAACAAUUGGUUGGAAGCUCUAAUCCAAAUGUGAGUGAUGAACAGGCUUUUCUCCUCCUCCAACAACAACGAGAUUUGAUUGAACAACAAAAGGAACAAAUUGCCCUCUUGCAAGCAUCCAUUCAAAGUCGAUUACUUCAACAACAGAUGAACAGUAAUGGCAAUGGAUAUGCAACAACAACAAGUAAUAUUCCGCCAUCAAUUGUUGCAUCUCAUCAACAACAUGCUAGUAGUAGUAGUAAUGGUGUUUCCACAUCUCCACUCCAUAGCAACAACAUGAAUGGUGGAUCUUUACAUCAAAACAAUCUACCACCACUAACACAUCAUCACAACCAUGGUUAUCAUCACCAAUUGUCCAAUAAUCAACAACAUCACUCGAGCACAACUAGCACUGCAUUUGCACAACAACCAAAUUUUGUAAUUCCUCAACAGAACAUUUUACCUUCCCUUCAAACAUUCCAAAAUCCACCACCACAACAACAUGUUUUUACAUCCAACAAUCAAACUCCAGCCAAUUUCUAUAUUUCUGACCCAAAUUUUAACUAUCCACAACACCACAUGCAAACAAAUCCAAUGUAUCAACAACAAACAGGUCGUAAACAGGUUACAUUGUUUGAUGAUUUUGAUGAAUUGUUUGCUGAUGGAUGUUUUGAGUAUGGAAAUACUCCUCCAGCAAACAAUGUAAACAGUAAUCAAGAACAGUUAUUUAACACUGCACUUAACAAUCAAUUCAAUGCACAACAGUUUGUUAUUCCUGCUGGACAAGAAGUUUUACCUGCCACUCCAUUAACAUCAUGGCUAAGAAUCCCAGAUCAAGAUUCCAUGUUUUACAGAAACUCUUAUGACUAUAAUGCUGCAUUUGAGACAUCACCAGGUAUUCUUGCAGCUGCCUCUUCAAUCGUUCCACAGCAACAACAGGAGAUGAUUCCUCCAGUUGUUACUGCUGUUCAACAACAACCAUCAAGAAAUGUUCAACAAGCUCCUCCACCGUCACAUGUUCUUCAACAUGAAAGAAGAGGACCAAAGAGAAAAUUUGAUGAUGUAGAUGAGAAUAUUACAGAUAAUGAUCAAUCUAAGAAAAUCAAACAAUUUGAUACUUUGCAACAACACAUUCAAAAUCCAAAUUUCGAAUUUCUUGAUGUUGGAGAUGUAUCUGUUGAUUCCACAAGUACAGAUGCUACUAAUAAUAUUAUGAAUACUAUGAUGGCAUCUUUCUUCCCAACUGAUCCUAACAAGGGAUUGGAUUUGGCUGCUUCCAUGACACAUAACGUACCUGGUAACUCCAAUUCUUACUCAUUGUUGAACAAACUCAAAUAUGUAAAUAACUCUAUUACCAUCGUUUUAUUAAAUGGUGAUCCAAUUAUUGAAUGCAUCAAAUUCACACCAAAGAAGAAGAUGACAUUCGAAUUGCUAAGUUUGCUAGAAGUUGACCCAAUAGUUCUUGCUUCUCUUACAGGAUAUCAAUAUGACAUUUAUUUGGAUCAAUCCCUCUUGUUAAGAUAUGGUAAAAGAAGUACAAGCAAUGGUAAUGAAUCCAAACAAACAUUGGAUGCCUAUCAACUCUAUUUGACUGCUCAAAUUACAGUUGAUGGUAAAGAAUUGAAAGAAAUUGAUGAAUACUUUAAAUUCAAGACAGUUUUGAAAAAUCAAAAAGCUCUCAAUUUCAAAAUUGAACAAUUAGGUAAUGAUACUCGUUGGAAUGAACAAAUUGUUGGUACAAAUAUCAAUUCCAGACUUUCUUUUGAUAUUGAAGUCAAGAUGGUAAAACCAAUCAAGGGUAUUACUAUCAAUUUAUUGCUCUUCCUUCAACAACAGGUUCCAACAGUUACUGGUGAUGUAGAAAUGGAAACUCUUUUGAGAUGGAAUGUACCAGUAUUGGUUCAAGGUUCUAGAAGAAAGAAGAAGACUGAAAAGGAUUCAGAACUUAAGGAAUGUUUUGGUGAAAGAAUGUGGCCAUUGGUAGAUUUGCAAAUGGCUUUGUUGAACAGAAAACAUGCUGAAAAUGCUGAUCCUGAAAUGGACCCAGGUGAAGAUGGAUACGGUCUCAUGGAUGAUAUCUUGAAAACUAGAAGUGAAAAUGUUUUCAGACCAAUUGGCGAUUCAGUUUUGAAUGAAAUUGUUAAAGAGGCUGAAAACAAUCUUUGUAAAGAUUCUAACAAUUUGCAUGCCUUGAGAUUAUUUGAAAAGUACUUCCAACAAAAGUAUUUCUCUGGCACUUCUCUUGAAAUUUUGAAUUUGACUAGGUAUUUGGCAGCCAAGACCCUCAACAAGGAUUACAUGUUGCCUGAUAUUCAACCCUCUUCUCUUGAUGGUGACAUUUCAGCAUCCCUAAUUACACCAGGAGCUUGUACAAAUAGAAAUAUGUUGAACAAUAUUUUACCUGAGCAUAUUACAGAGUUGGAUUUGAAUAUUCUCCUCAAGUUGACAUAUUUAUAUUCCAGAUAUGAACCAAUUUUCAAAGCUGAUGGUUGUAACAACACUGAAAAGAUGAUCAAAUAUUGUUGCCAACUUGCAACCAAUUCUCAAUUCAGUAUCAAGACUAAAGUAUUCAGCUUGUAUAGAUUGGCUGAAUCUGAAUACCUCAAAUUGAAUAUUGACAAGACUCGUUUGAGCUAUCAAUCAUUGGAAAAGUGUAACCAAUGUUAUUUCUUCAUUCAAAGAUGUUUGAAGGAAGAACCAACAAUGACCAAAGGAGAUGUCAGACAUAUCAAGGCUCUUGAAGCAUCCGUUUUGAAUUUGAAAUCAAUUCUUUUGAGUAAUAUUCACAACUUGGAACACUUUGCUUCAACUCCUAAUAUUGCCACUGAACAAGAAAUCAAUGAAAAGCUCAUGUCUUUAAGAGAUAUCAUUCAAUACAAGCAUGCUGCAUUCCAAAUUAGAGGAAGAUACACUCCAAAAUGUACCUCAUUUGCUCAAAUUUGUAACAAUGUUGCUGCUAGUCUUAGAGUUUACUUUAUGUUGUUCAAGAUGACCAGCAAGUAUACUCCAAAGAGAGCUAUUGCCAUGUUGAAUGUUAUUAAGAAGAUGCAAAGUAGAGCUGUCACAGUUCAUAAACAAGCUAAUCCAAACACUAGCCAUUUAGCUUACUCCCUCUACAAGUAUAACUUGAAGACUACUGAUUUACUCAUGUUGGAAGAAAUGAAGGCUGAUGAUCCAAAUGAAAAUGAGCUUGAUGAAAAGAUUGAAAAGGCAGCUGCUGACAAGAGAAAGUCAUAUUCCAACUAUAGAGCUUUGAAAGAUCAAUUCUUGGGACAAUAAAUAUUCAUUUUAGUCU